AUGGAAUUCGUUCUUUACUACUACACCCCCUCUGCUGCGGCAGCAGGCAUCUUUGUUGUUCUGUUCGGCAUCAGCACUGUCUUGCACUUUCUCCAGCUGGUCCGGACCAGAACAUGGUUCAUGAUACCCUUCUUUAUCGGCGGAAUCUUGGAAACAAUCGGAUAUGUUGGUCGUCUGCUCUCUUCGCUCGAAAGCCCCGACUACAGCACAGGCUCGUAUGCCAUGCAAAGCGCCCUUAUCCUCAUCGCCCCGGCCUUCCUGGCGGCUAGUAUUUAUAUGACUCUCGGUCGCAUUAUCCGGAUGGUCCAAGCAGAACACUAUUCGGUGUUCAGAUUGAAGUGGGUGACGAAGAUCUUUGUUGCGGGUGAUGUUCUUUCCUUCCUGAUGCAAGCGUCUGGCGCUGGUCUUAUGGUCAGUAGUUCCAGCGACCCAACCACGGGCGAGCACAUCAUCAUCGGCGGUCUCUUUGUUCAACUUAUCUUCUUCGGUUUCUUUAUCAUCACAGCGCUCAUCUUCCAAAUGCGCCUGGCAAAGGCUCCUACUACCACCUCAACGGAACUGUCGCACAUCUGGCGUCGCCACAUGAACGCCCUCUACAUCUCCAGCAUCCUCAUCUUUGUCCGUUCCAUUGUCCGUGUGGUAGAAUACCUCCAAGGAUACGACGGCUACCUUAUGAAACACGAGGUUUUCAUCUAUGUGUUCGAUGCGCUGCUGAUGUUCCUGGCAAUGGAGGUACUCCAAUUCAUCCACCCUAGCCAGGUCAACUGCUAUCUGGGGCGCGGAGACCGUUACUCCGACAAGGUGAUCAAGACGCAAAAAUUCAUGUCGGUGCCGGUGGAGAUGGAGGUUUCAUCCGUUUGA